AUUUUGUUUAAGUUGGCAACGUCGGAAAAAUUAAAGUGACGUUUCGGCCAUUGUGUUCAGGUAGGUGACAGAGGAAACGCACGCGGGCGGAUAUUUUCGUGUUUUUCUCGCGAUUUUUCCGUAAUUUUCCGUUAAAAAAAUCGGUCCAGAAACGAGAAAAAAUGUCCCACAACACGGCCCCGGACAGUUGGGAAUCGCAAGCGGACAGCAAUUCGAGUAACAGCAGCCCCAGUCACGGUACAGAUGUGACCACCACGAAAUUUUCCACGUUGAACGUAAACGCAGUUGAAUUUGUGCCUUCGUUUAGUUUUGGACCCUCGGCGGCCCCCGAAGAAGAGGAGGCCGCCAGUCCGAAAACGGGGCCGAGCAAAGAGGCUUCGCCCCAACACCAACCAGUAGUCAACGGUACUCCCUCAUCAUCCUCUGAACCGCCUGAAGUUGAAGAACCUCCUCCUGUUCCGCCUGCAGCAGCAGGUGAUGGUAGCCCCACCGGAGCUGGUGGUACCUGGGAGGAUGUUGCUGACGAAGAUAGUACGGCUUCUGGUGCUGCCCAAGCGACAACGCCAGAAGACGAUGAUGAGGAGAUAUCCAGCGAAGAAGCGCCCAAAUUAAAAAAGAAAAAAUCCCCCAAAAAAGUAGAAGUUGAAGACAAAAAGGAACACAUUAACGUAGUAUUUAUUGGGCACGUGGACGCUGGCAAAAGUACCAUAGGAGGACAAAUUAUGGCGCUUACAGGAAUGGUGGACAAAAGAACAUUGGAAAAAUACCAGAGGGAGGCUUGCGAAAAAAGCAGAGAGAGCUGGUACCUCAGCUGGGCGCUGGACACCAACCAAGAGGAAAGGGACAAGGGCAAAACGGUCGAGGUGGGCCGCGCCUUCUUUGAGACUGACAAAAAACAUUUUACAAUUUUGGACGCGCCCGGACACAAGAGUUUUGUGCCCAACAUGAUUGGUGGCGCCGCCCAAGCCGAUUUGGCGGUUUUAGUUAUUUCAGCUAGGAAAGGUGAAUUCGAAACUGGAUUCGAUAGAGGCGGGCAAACCCGGGAACACGCUAUGCUUGCCAAAACCGCCGGAGUUAAAUAUUUAGUUGUUUUAGUUAAUAAAAUGGAUGAUCCCACUGUUAAUUGGGACGAAGUUAGGUACAACGAAUGCCGAGACAAAAUACUUCCCUACCUCAAAAAGCUUGGCUUCAAUCUCAAUAAAGACCUUUUCUUCCUGCCCUGCUCGGGCCAACUCGGUCAGAAUCUCAAGGAACCAGUAGAAAAAUCUAUUUGUCCUUGGUUCGAUGGGCAAGCCUUUAUUCCGUUUAUUGAUGACCUACCUACCCUCAGUAGGAAACAAGAUGGUCCUUUUAUGAUGCCCAUUGUGGACAAAUACAAGGAUAUGGGCACUGUUGUUAUGGGCAAAGUUGAAAGCGGCGAAUGUCGAAAGGGACAAAGUUUGGUUAUCAUGCCUAAUAGGACUCCAGUUAUUGUGGAUAUGCUUCUUAGUGACGAAGAUGAAGUAUCUAGAGUAGUCUCUGGCGAAAAUGUCAAAAUCAAAGUGAAAGGAGUGGAAGAAGAAGAUGUCAGUCCUGGUUUUGUGCUUUGCGACUCUGUCAAUCCUGUGCACACAUGCAGAGUUUUUGACGCUCAGCUUGUUAUAAUUGAGCACAAAUCUAUUAUUUGCGCCGGAUACAGUGCUGUUAUGCACAUCCAUUGUGCUGCAGAAGAAAUAACCGUUAAGGCUUUAAUCUGUUUAAUUGACAAGAAAAGUGGAGAUAAAUCCAAGACUAGGCCUAGGUUCGUGAAACAAGAUCAAGUAGCAAUUAUGAGAAUAGAAUGUGCGGGAGUUAUUUGUCUAGAACCCUUUAAACUGUUUCCCCAAAUGGGUAGAUUUACAUUAAGAGAUGAGAAUAGAACGAUUGCAAUUGGCAAAGUCCUCAAACUGGUGGAGUAAACAGGUUUCUAGAGACUAUAUAGGCAGUAAAAAAAAAUUGAUAUUUAUCCUACAGAAAGGACGAAUAACAUCUGGACUUUGCUAGCACCACACAAUGUUCAGUUUGCAACAAGAAGAUUCACUCUCUCUGUGCGUGUAAAUAGAAAGAAAAACAAUUAAUUAAUUAUGGGUGCGAAAAAAAAAAUUGAUCGAUUAUUCCUGCUUUAAUUUUUAGUUUUUUUUCCCCUUUUUAUGAAGUGAACACGAUAUUAUUAUCUGCCUUAUUUAAGUUUAUUAGUAACAGGUUAUUUGGGUUGCUGUGUAUAUUGAUUGUAUUUAUUUUUUUAAUUCUUAUCAGGGUGAGUGAAAUUCAGUUUGGAAAUUGAGUUUUUUAAUUGUUUUUUUGGAAUAAAACAAUUAGAAAGCUUGGAAUAAAUGAAAUUGAGUUUUUCUCAGUUAUUUUAUCUAAAUAUUUUAAUUAUUCUCAACUUUUUCACUAUUUAAUUUUGUCCCGAGAUUAUUUGAAUGUUUACGAGAGCUGGAAAACCUCUAAAAUUGUUCUUAAAAAUUUGUGUAUAUAUACAAUGGUUUAACAUUCAAGUUGGAAGACAAAGUUUGAGCCUCAAAAAUUAGCAGUAGGUAUAAGGCCACCUUAGACCAAAGUCCUCCAUAUUUUUCUUUUGGAGUUGAUAAAAAUUUCGAGAUAUAUUGCAACAUGGCAAAAUCUUUUUGGGUCAGAGUGUUUCUCCCUAGAUUCAGGUAUUUUUUUCAAUAGAAACACAUAACUGAGGCUGGAUUCUAUAACGAUUAGAGAUCGUUAUCGCUAUCGCUAUGGCAGUUAUUGUCUUCUUCUCUCUUUUCGAAAUCAAUAGAGAGGGGACGUCAAUAGAGAUAGCGAAAAUAUCGCUAUUCGUUACAGAAUCCCGGCCUUGGGAGCUUAAGAUUCAUCUAUUUUGACAAUAAUUUACAGUGGAUUUGAAAAUAAUAACUUCAACUAAAUUUCACUCCACCCUUUAAAACCGAGUCUUAAUUGCUGCUAGAAUUUAAAAGUUGCACUCUGCCCUUCUAAAUCUAAGUUGUAUUGUUAAAAAUUUAGAUUGUCAUAGUGCAACAAACAAUAUUGUGUGGUGUUUUUUUUUUUCAGAAAUCUUGCAAAGAGAUGGAGGUAUUUGAAAAGUUAUUUUUACCAAUUUUUUUUUUCAAUAAUAUUAUGGAAUUGUUGUGAGACACAGUGGUGCUAUUUGAAGGAAAAAAAAAAUACCUCUUGUCUUAUUAUUUUCAAAUUGACUUUUGACAAGUGGGCCAACUUUUAGUUAGAAAAAUUAUGGGAUCCACUUUAAUUUCUGCAGGAUUGAAACACUGUUCCUGGUAUUAUACUUUUUCCAUCAAAGUCCAACAUAAAAACGAGUAAUUAUUGUGAUAUAUAUUAUUUUUAAUUCAAAUACAUUUUCACUUUUAAAAGCGAAAAGUUGGCCCUAUAAAAACCAAAACCGCGUCUCAUUUUUACUCCAAUUUGCCUUUUCAAAUGGAUAAUUUAAGCUCUGUUCCAACCGACAUGAGAACCGUUCUAGAACGGUAAUUUCCAGUCGAUCAAUUCAUUUGGUAAUUAGGAUAAACGUUGAACUUAUUGAAAAAUAGAUGGGCAACUGGAAAUUACUGGUUCUCAUGUCGGUUUGAACAGAGCUACUUUUUUCUUUGAAUUGAGUGUAAACCAUGUAAAUAAAAAAAAAAAAACUAAUAAUAAAGAGAGUUUAUAUUUUCGUUACUCGAACCGUGACGAAAACUUAAAAAUUAUAUUUAGCUUACUUUGUAAUAAUACUUGCAAAAAACAACAAUUUUUUUGUUAAACUUUGUUUUUUAGUCUUUUAUAAUUAUUAUACAAUUAUUGAAAUAAUCAACAAAAAAAAAAAAAUGUUGCUAUCAAUUUUAUAUAUCAAUAAAAUUUAAAAUUAUAUAGAAAUGAA